AUGAACAAUCUUUGAGGAAAAACAACUUUCCUCCACCUGACAGGUAACUCCUAGCAUAAAAACUGGAUCGCAAAACGACAGAACUUUCAACAAAAUCCCAAGGUUGACGAAGGUUUUGGCGACGUGGGUCGAUUAAAACCGGGUUGGCGGAAACAUUCAGGGACAUUUCCAGGAUUGCUGUGUCUGAAAAUGGCUUCCUUGAGCAAAAGGAGUUGCUACAAACACUGAGGAUCUUUAUAAUUCAACUGGAUAUCGGCUAGAAAUCAGUAAAUAAAUCAAAAUAUACAGUUUCAGAAUGGCUGCUCAGGAAGGGUUGGUCGUGGAUUUAAAUGAUGUGGUGGUUUUUCCACGUGAUGGUUCAAAUGGAAAACCUAAAAUAACAGAAGGUGGAAAACAAGAAGACAGUGACACCAGCGCAGAGGAGCUGAAGGAGAGCACAGAUGAGGAGGAGGAGGAAGAAGAAGAAGAAAUGGCGAGAUCUGCUCAUUUUGAGCCGUCCACUUUACCCUGGCCUGGAGACAAACACAGGAGGCUGCUGCUGGAGCAGGACGAUGAUGUCUUAGGGCCCGAGGAGAAAGACUCUGGGUUGAGUCAGGACUUGUCAGAGGAACGAAGCCAAGCGGACGGAGAUGUGAGGAGCAAAGCGAAGUGGAGGGAGAGCAUGCCUGAGGGUGAGAGGUGGAGGGACGACAAAGGAGACGGCUCACUGGCCGAUGAUGAGGACGAGGAGGAAGAGGGGUGGAUGUCUGAGAAACCUUCUACGGGUUUCACUCCACAUGUCACGAUCGUGUGUCCCACCACCAGGGAGCUUCCUGAAGAAGAGCGGUACUUCAGGGAGGAAGAGGAGGAGCUGAACAUGGAGCACGACCCCGCCGCACAGUUUUACCCCGAGUGGGAAGAUCAGGACGACAAGUAUUAUGUGUGCAGCGAGAAGCUGCAGCUGGGGUUAGCCACGUUGGCCGCAGGGUUCUGCUUCCCCCUGCUGGUGUGGGGUGGAUAUUCGCUGCUCCCCUUUGACCCACCCAAGCUCGACAGCGCCCCCUACAGAGUGCUCUACACACUCCGCUGCUCAUUUUUCGCCAUCAUCCCCAUCACCCUGGGCGUGUUGGUCCAGGGAAUCGCCCGGCUGCGCUUCAGCGCCCUGAAGCCGCUCUAUCAGGGGAAUCUGGUGGACAAGGAAGUGAUGGUUCACAGGCACUACGUCAACGAAUCGCUGUCUCUCUUCCUCUUCUACUUCCUGCAGCUUGCCGUCAUGGCAACCUACAUCAGCCAGGACCUUCUUAAGCUGGUGCCGCUGCUCACCAUCAUAUUUGUUUUUGGCAGGCUGAUCUACUGGGUCUGCCUCGUUCUGGGCAGCAGCAUCAGGGCCUUCGGCUUCGGCUUCUCCUUCCUCCCCGUCCUGGUGAUGCUGGGCGCCAACAUCUACUACGUCUGCACGGCGGUCGGGCCGGGCUCCGUGUUCGACGUGGCGCCGCCCGCCACCGAUCCUCCGCCCAAGCUGAGCUGGUGGUAUUAAGGUCUAAAAAACAUAGUGAGAAAAGCAGCUACAGCACCUUCAGGAACCUCAGGAAACAUGACUCACUCAGGCAAAUCACACAGACACCUUUUAUAUGUUUAAUCAGUUUGAGUCUGAUUUAGACUUUUAUGUCUCUGCGAUGAACGUGUGGCGAGUUAAGCUGUUUGUUUACAACGGAAAACCAACCAAACAAGCUUAGUUUGGAAAUCUGUAAUGACUCUGUAAAUAAAACCACUGAAUUUACUGGGUUAGAAGCCAAAUAAAUCUUCUGUUCUCUCACUAAAUAUCUACAAAUACGUCUGAUUUAGUUAAAAUCCUAAGGAUUAUAGUGUUCACUAUUCAUUCCUGUAUUAACCUUUAUAUCACCCUGCCUGUCGUUAUAUAGUUAGUUAUUAUAUGCAACCAAACUUGCAUGUUUUCUCAGCAUUUUCUAAAGUGUUUACUUAUUAUGUGCCAAUUAUCUGCUAUUAAAGACAUUAAGUUUGUUUUGUUUGGCUCAGAUAAGCUGUCAGUCUGCGUUUGAAUGAAACCUUAGUAACAACGUGCAAUUAAAGCCAAUUUAUAACAUGUACCUCUUUUUUAUUUUAUAUUCACUUAAAUGAACAAAUGCAAGUAAAAAAUGUUCUUAAUCUAUAAAUCCAAACCUAAAAAAAACAAGCAACUGGCUGGUUGUAGACUUUAAAAUGAGACUUGAAUUAAAUAAGUGUGAGAA